AUGAAUUCUUUUGAUAACAUUUGCAAAUGGCGUGCAAUAUAUUUAAGGAAAGUUCCCUUUCGUCAAUUUAAAAAUAUUGAAUAUAUGGAUGAUGAUGGUGUUUCCAAAGUUUAUGACGGAAGUUACAAAGUUUAUAAUGGAAUGACCAAAGAUUUUACAGCUUUAUGGUUUAAUGAUGAUGUAGAUAUAAUGGGUUCAAAGGGUGUUAUUCUCAAAAAUGUUGGUAAUUAUGAAAAUCUGCGAUACAAG